AUGGGUUCUCUGUACCUUAAUGCAUUUGGUCAAGAAGAAGAUGGUAUUCGGUCAGUUACUAUAGAAACAAUGAUUGUUUUACAUGCCAUCAAAUGUCUUGAUUUGGAUGAUGGUCCAAAGUUAGACAUUAUUUUGGUAGUAUCUAGCUCAGUGCCAAAUGAACCUAGUGUUCCAGUUUUUGAGGAGCUGUUCCCAAAUCUCAGGAUCGAAGAAGCAGAUUCUGCCCUCCCGUACCAAGCAAAAGUUUGCAAGUUGCCUGUGUUUGUCUCUAAAGAAAAUAGACUUGUGCAGACUGUUGCUGGCUUGAGUUCUGUCCUCAGAAAAUUAUUGUUUGUUAAAUCAAUUGAUCAUCCAUUGCUGGGGUUUCGCCAGUCUUGCCUAAUUGCUUGUGCUGAGGUUUCUGUUUGGACUCGGUUUUGUGAGGUUGAUGUUAUCAAAUCUGUAAAAGAUUUUUUGUCUCAUCCACAAUCUUUCUUGGAAAUGAUUCCUACGGAUGUUGCUCGUUUGGAGGAACAUUUAUCUCAUGCACCCCGUCUUCAUAAUGUGAGAAAACAUCGGCAGGCAUAUGCUAAGUCUAUUGGCAGCAUAGAGUCAGAAGAAGAAAUACCACACCUAUAUGCUGAGGGCCCAUCUAUGACACUGGCAGAUGUUAUAUUAUUUCCCUGUUUCUACAUUCUCUUGAGCCGUUUCUCACCAGAUAUUCUCUCUGUUACUGUUCCUUUGGUGUUGUCCUGGUACUCAAGGAUUUUGGCCUCAGAAGAAUUUCAGAAUGGAUUGGACAUGUUGACUAAGGUUGUUUCAUUUCUUCCAUCUGUUGAAGAUAGUAAUAAUCAAUGUUCUUACCUCUUGCCAAAAGUACCCAAAGAAAGUUUGUACAAAUCGGAUCCCUCACGAUACAAACCUCGAAGUAACAAAAUGUAUACUCAGCAGGAAGAUGUUGAAGCAUCGUUAGCCAUUGUGGAUGAUAUAAUGACGUACCAUGAAAUUACUCAAUCAGCAAGACCUUAUGGUGAUGAUGUGCAUCUGAACUGGGCUGAUUUGCCCCUUGAAAUCCAGCCUGAAGGUGGCCACGUCCCUGAAAAGCGGCAAAUUCGCAAGGCUGAACAGUUAAAAAAUAUGGCUGAGGCUGUCAUGAAGCUAGCUAAGCCAGGACAUAUUCUUGUUGACUUCUGUUCAGGUAGUGGUCAUUUGGGUCUUCUUUUGGCUUGGGUUUUACCCAAAUGCACUGUUCUAUUGUUAGAAAAUAAAGAUAGGUCACUACAGAGAGCCGUUAAUCGAAUAGAGAAACUUGGCUUGGACAACAUCCAGCUGGUUCAAGGCAAUAUUGAUUAUUUUCAGGGCAAAUUUGAUAUUGGCAUUGCACUUCAUGCAUGUGGAGUUGCUUCUGAUAUAGUUCUUCAACUUUGUGAGUCUAAAAGAGCAGCAUUUGUUGUGUGUCCUUGCUGUUAUGGUUCAAUACAAAGUGGACAUACAGUUUCAUAUCCAAGAAGCAAGCUGUUUCGGAAUUCUGCACUUGGUUCCAAAGAUUACCUUGUGCUUGGCCACUGUGCUGACCAGACGCACGGUGAAGAGGGAUUGAAAACAGCUCAGGGAAACCAGUGUAUGGCUAGCAUAGACACUGAUCGACUUCUACACUCACAAGAUGCUGGAUACAGAGUUCACUUGUCUAAGAUGAAUCCGCCCUCUUGCAGCCCAAAAAAUAAUCUGUUAGUGGGAAUUCCACAAGAAUGGACUGAUGUUACAUCUGAGUAGAAAGAAUAUUUUUCAAAUACUGCCUUUAGGUAUUUAAUUUUUUUAAAAAGUUCACAUUACAUUUCAAAAUUUAAAUAUAAGUUUCCUGCAACCAUUUGUGCAUGUACAACAAAUCAACAGGAUCCCCCCCGCUCCCUCUUUAAAAAACAACAACAAUUUAACAUGAAUUGAAUUUAAAUGAAUUGAAUUGAUUAUGUCCCUAAGCCGACCUGAUGUCUUCUAGCGGCUUUCACAGUGUUUUUCAUUAGCAUGGCAACAGUCAUUGGUCCUACUCCUCCAGGAACUGGAGUUAUGUAGCCAGCUAUCCUGCUUACACCUGUAAAAAUUAAAUGAUUUUAUUAUUAACAGACAACAACCGUUAACAAACUUUGUCCGAGAGGCAGAAGAGUUUAAAAUAAAUUAUGAUUACCAUCAAAAUCAA